AUGUUGGCAAAAAAUAGAACUCAAGUCUUGCUAUUAAUUAGUAAGUCACUCAGCUGGGGACUGUCGCCGGUUUUUAAAUCCAAGAUUCCAUCCUCAAAGCUGUAUGAUCUUCUGAGACGAGACUCCUGUUUUUUUUUUUUUUUUUUUUUUUUUAUUCUCUUUGUAUGGGACACUGUGAGAGGUAUACAAGGAGGGUAUGACACCAGCAACGUGUCACAGGAUUUUCAGAUCAGUCGGGCUAGGGGUAGGACCGAUACCAUUAUUUUCGUCAGUUUAACCUCAAACCGUCGCUGGAUUAGAGUUCAGUCACGUCUUCCUGUCGAUCGUAGUAGUUGUUGUCAAUAUCAUCAAGGUAAAAGUGGUAACAGUGUGGUUCACAUGAAAGAUUGUGCAGUUUGA